GAUUGAUGUAUUAGUAGUCUGUGGCUCGGUUCGAUCCUGCGGUUCGAUAAACAUAACAAGCGCCGAAGACGAUAAUGUUCGAGGAACAUAAGCAAUAAUCACUAUGGACACGAAGAAACCACGAGAAUUUGUCCUCUGCGUGCUGAUACUUGUGAAAGGCUUUGAUUACUGUCUAUCAUCCGCUUUGCUACCACAUCAAGGUAUAUCCACGUUAAAUGAUGCCACAGACAGCAACAACCCAGGUAUACCUGUAGAUGAUAUACAACUACCUAGCAGCAUUGAUGUCAGACCUUCAAAUCAGAAAGGUGAUUGUCCUAUAGGCUGGCAAAUAUACCCAGAGACUGGCAGUUGUUAUCGCAGUUUUGAGGCCAAACUCACUUAUGAGGAGGCUCAAGAUCAGUGUAGCACAUUGGGUGGUUUCUUGGCAACAGUUACCACAGAAACAGAACUGGCUUUCAUCAAAAGUCAUCAUUGGCAAUCUGAUGAGAAAAUAGUUAAUUAUAAUUGGUGGAUGGGAUAUCGCUACGUUAAAAAUAACCAUACCACAGAGUGGGAAGUUGCUGAUGAAAGUUUUCUCAGUAUUAUAAACGACGAUGGACCGUUGAUAGGCCCAUCAGUCUCAGAUAAAGAUGACAGAUUGUGUGGACAGUUACAGCUACGACAAAUAUGGCAACUAGAUGAAUUCUUUUCACGUAUGUGGGUACAGCAAUGUAGAUUCAAGUCAGCAUUUCUGUGCAAAAGAAGCAUAUCAGAUAAGCACUGUGUGGACAAUAAAGGCAGACGGGUUGAUGAAGGUCAAAGGUUCACUCCCCAAGGUGCUGAUAACUGUAUGAACUGUACAUGUACUCUUGGAGAAGCCAAUAUGUGUAGAUCAGCUCAGUGUGCUCCACCCCCAGAUUGUAUUCAUACUAUUCAAGACCCAGAGAAAUGCUGUGCGUACACGUGUAUGGAUGAUGAAUAUCCUAAAGAAGACCUACUAGAUUUUAGUACCAGUAUGAGGUGGGUGUUGACAUCGGCUACAUCAUUUCUUAUUUUGGGUCUACUACUAUUCAUGGUGUAUAGACUGCGACAAAGACGACUUGCUCUCAUCCAUUACACAUCAAGAAAUGAAUUUACUCACAGAUCAGGUCAUACAUGUACGUUAGAUUCUGGUUCUAGUUUGACCCCGACCUCCCCAAUGGAUGAUAUUGAUGCUGGCAUCUAUCGAGAACCCCCACCUCCAUAUAGUUUAUAUAAGCCAACAUCCCCUGGAGAGGAAGCACCACCUCCAUAUGAUGCCAGUUUAUUGGAUAACCCUCCCACUACUCCAGUGAGUACCACUGAUCAAGAUGCAGCACUGCUUUCAACAAGUCCUGAAGAUCCUAGGUCGCAUUUACAUCAGAAUAUGUAUGAAACUGAUUCUCCCCAUGCUGUGCUUGAUGAAUCAACCGAUGAGAGAGAAAAUGUUCCAAUGUUAUCAGCAGAGGGCGAUAAUGAUGGAGAGAGAUCAGCUACAACAGAGACCAGAGCGUAAACUACAGAUGCUAUCAAAUUGGUACUUAUCUGGUCGUAUCAGUAACAACAGUUUGUUAUGAACUAACCAGUCUAAUAAUAUUUCCUGUAUAUGUUAAUAUUUCAACAUAGAACAGAACCAAAACCUUGAUUAUUGUCUUUGACACCAUUGUGUUUAUUGAUGCUAGCAUGUAUGUAAAUGUGUCGAAAUGGGCGUAGUGCGAGUGGUUAGUGCAAGUAGCACUAAUCCGAAAAAGUACUAGAUCUAGUGCUAAAAUGGCACUAGAUCUAGCGCUAAAAUGGCACUAGAUCUAGCGCUAAAAUGGCACUAGAUCUAGUGCGAGUGGCAUUGUUAUUGCAUUGUCAACGACGUCGAAUAAUAGGAUGGGCGUCAACAACCACUUUCAUUUGCAAACUGCAAACAGUAUAAAACAUUGGCAAUA